GCGCCGGGUUGCGCGCUCGCCCGCCGUCCGCUCGCUCCCCGAAAUCGCCGCGGAACUUAUCAAUAAAACGCUCCCAGGAAUGUCGUAAAAACGCUGUGCUAAGCCGUAACAUGUCAAUUUAGCCCUAUUACCUUUGUAGUGUGUGAGGAACUCGUGAAAUUAGCUGCCCGUAGUGUCUUCCUUUCGUCACCAGUGGGGAGUGCAAUUGUUUUGUUAAGGUCGAAAAUAUGGCGGGAAGCUGAAAAGUAGCAUGUAAAUAAUUAGGUCUAUUAAAAAGCAAUAAUCCAAUUAUUAAAUUUAGAAACCCCGUAGCGGUAGACUAAUUAAGUGAUAUUAAGUACGAAAUCUUCCAAGCUAGUGCGUUAAGUGUCGUUACUGCGUUCUCGAACGCUAUGUCCGUGAGGUGGUUAGGUGUGUUGGGCCGGGUGUAGGUUAUGAUGUUAAGAUGCCGCAGCGCAGUUCGCCGUCGGGGUUGAUGCGCCCGUUCGUGGUGUUGGCGCUGCCCGGGAUGUAUUUGCUGUUCAAGUAUAACCAAUACCGACAGCAGCAAAUGGAGACCGCGCGGCGGCGGGUGACCGAGCGGGAGCUGAUGCACCUUAACACCAAGAUUGACAAAUUGCUCAAUAAACUAGAGGAGAACGAGCCAGAGCUAGCCACUUCGCCUGAAGAGGAGUGCGUAAUAUGCGUGAACGCAAAGGCGACGAUGCAGACAUCGCCGUGCGGCCACCGCGUGGUGUGCCGGCGGUGCUUCGUCAAGACCAUCCAGAUGGCCGUCAGCCAGCGUCUGCUGCCGCUGCGCUGCGUCAUAUGCCGCGCCAAGAUCCUGCGGCUACGGCAGGCGCCACGGCUUGUUACCAGCAAGAGCUGGCAGGUGUCAAGCGGUAGCAGCAAGUCGUGGGGAGUGCCUGGCUCCGUGUCCAGCUACUCUGUGGGCGCGCGCUCCGUGCCAGCCUCCGCCUCUCUCUACUCCGUCACCAGCGGAGAGUCUUCCCUCUCCGGUAAGACACUCCAAGUGUCAAGCUGUAGCAAGUCGUGGGGAGUGCCGGGCUCCGUGUCCAGCUACUCUGUGGGCGCGCGCUCCGUGCCAGCCUCCGCCUCACUCUACUCCGUCACUAGCGGAGAGUCUUCCCUCUCCGCAAGUCGUGGGUGGGGAGUGCCGGCCUCCGUGUCCAGCUACUCUGUGGGCGCGCGCUCCGUGCCAGCCUCCGCCUCGCUCUACUCCGUCACCAGCGGAGAGUCUUCCCUCUCCGGUAAGACACUCCAAGUGUCAAGCUGUAGUAAGUCGUGGGGAGUGCCGGGCUCCGUGCCCAGCUACUCUGUGGGCGCGCACUCCGUGCCAGCCUCCGCCUCGCUCUACUCCGUCACCAGCGGAGAGCCUUCCCUCUCCGCCUCCGCCUCGCUCUACUCCGUCACCAGCGGAGAGUCUUCCCUCUCCGGUAAGACACUCCAAGUGUCAAGCUGUAGUAAGUCGUGGGGAGUGCCGGGCUCCGUGCCCAGCUACUCUGUGGGCGCGCACUCCGUGCCAGCCUCCGCCUCGCUCUACUCCGUCACCAGCGGAGAGUCUUCCCUCUCCGCUACUCUGUGGGCGCGCGCUCCGUGCCAGCCUCCGCCUCGCUCUACUCCGUCACCAGCGGAGUCUUCCCUCUCCGGUAAGACACUCCAAGUGUCAAGCUACAGCAAGUCGUGGGGAGUGCCGGGCUCCGUGUCCAGCUACUCUGUGGGCGCGCGCUCCGUGCCAGCCUCCGCCUCACUCUACUCCGUCACUAGCGGAGAGUCUUCCCUCUCCGGUAAGAGACUCCAAGUGUCAAGCUGUAGCAAGUCGUGGGGAGUGCCGGGCUCCGUGUCCAGCCACUAUGUGGGCGCGCGCUCCGUGCCAGCCUCCGCCUCGCUCUACUCCGUCACCAGCGGAGAGUCUUCCCUCUCCGGUAAGACACUCCAGGUGUCAAGCUAUAGCAAGUCGUGGGGAGUGCCGGGCUCCGUGUCCAGCCACUAUGUGGGCGCGCGCUCCGUGCCAGCCUCCGCCUCGCUCUACUCCGUCACCAGCGGAGAGUCUUCCCUCUCCGGUAAGACACUCCAGGUGUCAAGCUAUAGCAAGUCGUGGGGAGUGCCGGGCUCCGUGUCCAGCCACUAUGUGGGCGCGCGCUCCGUGCCAGCCUCCGCCUCGCUCUACUCCGUCACCAGCGGAGAGUCUUCCCUCUCCGGGCGUCUGCCCCCCAUCAGGGAGUUCCAGCGGGAGUUCCGCGAGGGCCGUCGCGAGAGUGCCGCCGCCGCCUCCGCCUCUACUAGGAUAAGAUGUGCCCAGAAAAUAGUGACACAGCUAGAAACAUCACCACAGAAGGACAAACAGCACUUCUUCCGGCCUUUGAAACCUUCGAAUAAAGACGAUCCACCCAGAUCCAGAGAUCAAAGCAAAGAGACUGAAAGGAAAAAAGAUAACCCCAAAACAAAACCCAAGAAAGAAGAUAAGAAGAAUAAAGGCGACGAAAACACGAAACAGGAUGAAAAAAGCAAAAAGGAUGAGAGUACGGAUAAUAGGAAAAAUGAAAUAGCAGAAAGAAAGAAGGAAGAGAAACAGCGGCUUAAAGCAGAGAAGGAGGCGAAGAAAGAGGCUAAGCUUCAGGCUAAAGAGGAAGAACGACAGGCCAAACUAUUAGCAAAGGAGGAAGAGAGACAAGCCAAAUUACUCGCGAAGGAAGAAAAGAAAAAGGCGAAGAAAGAAGCGAAGCUCGCCGCGCAAGCAGAAAAAGAAAAGAAUAAAUAAGGAUCAAAUUUAAAUUUUUACAACGUAGCAACUCGUAGCCGUCUUAAAAUUAGAUUCGAAAAAUUGUUAUUAUUGAAGAAUCGUAAAAACAAUUUUAAAUAGCAAGUAUUUAACUAUUGUAGUCCACAUAUACAAAUAUUUAUUACAGUAAAUAAAUGUUAAAGUUUAUUUUUUUACUUCGAUUGGAUAAAGAUUAAUUUGUGCUUUGAUACUGAUUUACAUUUGGUUGAUUAAAAUUGUUUUAGCUUAGUGACAAUUUCUUCUUGAAGUUGUUGACUAUAUUAGGGAUGUUGUAUAUAGUUUUAUUAUCAAGUGUUAUAAUGAGAAGCAAUCUAUAGUUGUUGGGUCAUAGUUGGAACUCUACAAACUGCGAAGACUGAAAGAAUGGGAUAAUGAAAUCAUAUCGUUUUGUAAUUUACUUACUUGUUUAACACUAAAGUUAAGAGCUUCGUGCAUUCCAGCACCGCCAAAGAAUUUAUUUAUUAUGUAGGUACUCAUUUUGUCGUACUUAGUUUAUCCUUAGGUGAAGCUUUGAUUAGUAUGUAUAAUAUGUAAGUUUAAGUUGUUCACACAAUAAAUCUGAGUUAGUUCAUACUACUUUCAAGAUAUUUUAAUGAUUAAUUUGGUGAGAUGAAACAAUAUUUUUUACUACUUAACUUAAAGCAUAAUUAAAAUGAUCAGAAAUUAAAAUAUCCAGUAUCCAAUCCAAGUUAACAGUAUCUUAACAAUAUUUCAGGUGAUUCAAAAACAUAGAAACUAUUCUAAAAUAUUUUAAACCCAUUGUAAAGGAUAGAAAGUAGAACCAUAUCAGGUCGCAUUUAGCAUAUGCUAGAUAAGUGUUGACAUUAAUUUUGUAAGAGUUCCAAGUGUCGGAAUUUAUUAUUGUCAAUCGUUAGAAAUUUCCUGUAAAAUAAAUAACAAUGUUACCAUA